CCGACUGGGAAUUUCACUGGAAUUAAAUAGCAUCUGAGUCAUGUUGGACAUGGCAGGGUUGUGUUUGUUUACAACUCUGGAAUAAGGCACCAGCUGACUUAAUCUGAAACGAAAAAGAGGAUGGGAGUAGCAGGUCUCGACGCCCACCAACGAGCACUACUGGACAAGCUGUUUGCCAAGUACAAGAAAGAAGUGCGGCCAAUCUGUGAAGAGGACGCUCCUAUAGAGGUGAAAGUUGGCAUCGCUGUCAGACAGAUCAUGGAGCUGGAUGAACCCAGCCAGAUAUUGACUGUCAACGUCUGGGUCCGAUUGAACUGGUACGACUGUCAGAUGACCUGGAACGCCACCGAGUACGGCGGCAUCUCAAAACUCAUCCUUCCCUAUAAGAAAGUAUGGACUCCAGAUAUUACUCUAUAUGACAAUGCUGGAGACGAACUUAUUGGACUGAAGGACUACAGGCCGACCUUCACCUCAGACGGCGCCGCCAGUUACAACUUCCCCACCGUCAUCAAAAGUCUCUGUCCUGUCGACGUCACCUACUUCCCCUUCGACGGUCAAACCUGUGCCCUUCGGUUCGGUUCCUGGGCCUACAGUGGGCACCAGCUCAACAUCACCAUCGGCGACAAGGCAGCUGAUAUAUCGGACUACAAAGUCAACACAGAGUGGGAGCUGUUGAGUGUCCCAGCUGCGCGUCACGAGAAGUUCUACAGCUGCUGCCCGGAACCCUAUCCCGACGUGACGUUCUACAUCUCCAUGCGACGUAAGCCGUUCUUCUACAUCGUGAACCUGCUGUUUCCCUGUAUACUGAUCUCUGCUGUGGGUCUGCUGGGCUUCCUGCUACCUCCAGACGCCGGGGAGAAGGUUGCGCUAGAGAUCACGAUGCUGCUGUCGCUGUCAGUAUUCAUGCUGCUUGUGGCGCAGUCGUUGCCACCGACAUCGGACAACUUUCCUUGCCUAGGAAUCUACUUCUGCGUGGCAAUGCUGCUGGUGGCGCUCUCCACGGCCCUCACAGUGAUCGUGCUGAACGUGCACUUCCGCGGUCAGCAUGGCGACCCAGUUCCUCACUGGAUUAGGAAGAUAUUUCUCGGGACUCUUUCGGAGCUCCUUUGUGUGAGGAAAGAACCCGCAGUGUACCCAGUGAAGAUAAAGGACGUAUACAGUCACGUCCACAGGGACCAUUUCAACACGUUAAAGCAAAAGGAAAUGGUUAGUUUGGAAUCUCAAGACACUGGUGUGCUCGACUAUCAUCAUUUACUGCCAUUGAAACACGUGCUGGAGGAGCAGCUAUCCGUUCUGAAGGAGAUAAACAGCCGGUACAGCGACAAACAGGCUGCUGGGGUCAUUGAUGAGGAGUGGAGGAAGGUGGCAGUCGUGGUGGACAGACUGCUGCUUGUGCUAUUCUUCAUAGCAACUGUAGCCAGUACUGUGGGGAUUUUACUUUCCUGUAUCUUACAUUGAUCCCUGUAGUAGCCUUAACUUGAUGAACGCUAAACGUGGAAGUUACUCAGGCCAGGCCUCACACUCAGAGUGUGUGUGUGCGUGCGUGCGUGUGUGUAUGUGUGUGUGCGUGCGUGUCAGUGUAAAAGAGAGUAUUUAUAUAUUUAUAAUAGAGUCUUUUUGGAUAUGUCCAUCUUCACAAUUAAUGCAUAUUUGUUUAUCUGCUCCUGUAUCGAGUGAAUUAUGCAAUGUAUUUAAAUCUUCAUUUGUGUAUAUAUUCUGUAUAAUGUUUAUUGUUAAUAUCAACAGAGCUUGCUUUGAUGGUUUGUAAAGUCAACUCUUACAUCUUGACACUGUCCCUCCCAGACACAUCACAUUAGUGAUCUCAGUG